CAUUCAGAUUUUUGAUCUGGCCCAAAAUAGAAAUGAGUUGGGAUAAAAACAUGGACUAUUUUGAAUGUAAACAAGAAUAAAGACGAAGAUAUUUGGUGGUGGAAUGAUGUCACACCGCCAGCAAUGGAAGACUCUGUGAUGUCACUGGCGAUGCAGUCUGUGAUGUCAUCAACUGCAGAAUUGUAUGUAACACAAUUCUGCAUAUUUUUCAUUGCUUGCAAUAACACUGACCAGUUCAGACGUGCGCAAAGUUCUUUCAGGUAGUUUACGAAUCGACAAUUUUAGUGAUCGUAUUUAGGAGAAAUGUUUCAACUAUUUCAGAGUUACCGCAACAAAAUGAUGGUACCCCAGGCGAGAAGGGGAGUCCAGCAAAACCCCCGAGGCAGCUUCCCUUCUGCACACCAGGAUAUCUUAGAUGAGGAAAUCCAAAGACAGAACUCCUGCCUGGAAAUGGAGAACGCCAGGUUAGAAGACAACCAAAGCAUGGCCGACCUGGAGGCCGAGCUGGAAGAGAUGGAGCUAAAGUUAAAACAGCAGGAAGCUCUCAGAGAAAGGCUUCUCAAAGAGGCCGAAGAGGCAAAGAGGGAACUAGAGAAACUAGAGAGAGAAGAGAGAGAAAAGAGAGAAGACAAGUCCAGUGAUCCAGCAGUCCUUCACGCUGCGGUCAUUGCUCCCAAGUUUCAUGAGAAUGUGAAAUACAUGAAAAAGAAGUCCUUGCAAGAAGAAUAUGAGGAGUUAAAGGUGACCCACCUCCUCAGCCAGGAAGCAUUUUUAGCUGAAGUACAGGCUGAGAGAAAAAAAAGUGAGGCCCUCCAAGAAGAACUGAAUCAACUCCAGACUUCAUACAAGGAGCUGAGCUCCAAGUAUGAAGCCGAAGUUACACUAGUGAGGCAGGAGGCCGAGUCACAAAAGUUUUAUGAAGUAAGGCUGAGGGAGGAACAACGGCUGCUGGAGAAUCUGAGAGCUGAAAAGGACAAAAUGUUUCAAGAUAUGUCACAAAAGGUCGCAGUCCUGCAAGACAGCGAGACACUUUUGAAGGAAGAAUUGUAUCAGCUCAAAAAUUCAUAUGACAAACUCAACUGCAACUAUCAAAGCGAAAUUUCAGGACUAAAACAAGACAUCAAUAACCUGAGAGCAGAGAAGGAGGAGCUCUUCCAAACAAUGUCUAGAGAAAUUACAAUCCGGCAAAAGAGGGAGGAGCAGAUGCUCCAUGAACUGCAUCAGGUUCACAUUUCAUACGAAGAGCUAAAAAGCAGGUAUGAAACAGACACUAUGCAUUUGAAGCAGCAGGUUGAAACAUACCAGGAAGAGAUGAAGCAGGAGAGAAAAGCUCUUCUAGACAAAUCAGAGGAGGACAAGGCACUUCUGGACAACCUGAGAGCCGAAUAUGCCGUCCUCCAAAAGAACACAACAACAGAGAUCAAAUUCCUGCUGGAGAAGGAAAGAAAUGCCCAGGCUGAGCUGGAGAAUGUUGAAGGUUUGUACCAGGAGUUAAACUGUUGGUAUGAAACCUAUGACACUGCACUCAAACAACAAGCAGAACAACACCAGCAGGAGAUUAGUGGUGUGAAAACUGAUUUGGAGGGAGCAAAGGAGGAUCUUCUGCAGCCCGACACGCUGAGAGACGAGAAAGACGAUUUCCAACCAAAACCCAUCACAGUUUCCAAAGAGAUGGAGGAAGACUCACAGAGCCAAGUGGACCCAGUUAAAGCCUCGAGUCCAAAGGUUUCAUCAGAGGAACUCUCAGGAGAACCUUUAUCAGAUUGUUCAACGGAUCCAGAACCCACAAAUGAGACCAAGAUCGUUGCAAAAACCGUCCUGGAGGAAUUGGAUCAUCCAGACACUCAAACCAAGUGGGACGGCAAAAAGAAAAAAUCUAAAAUUUCAAUUUGGAAAAAGGUACGAAACAUGCUGCGAUUGAAAAAAACAAAACAGUGAAGACGAUCAAGAACAAGUUUAAAGUUCUUGAUUUUGAUAUUUAGAGAAGAGAGGAAAAGAGGAAUCGAACCCAUGGAGGUUGUAGCCUCUGUGAACGGGGCGCCAUGCCACGCUCCGUCAAAUUUAACAUUUAAAACGGAAAAGUUUUGUCCCCCAUUAACAAACUAGAGAAUAGAUCCCCUCCCAACCCAAUUGGAAAAAACGAGGGCAGCACGGUGGUGCAGCGGUUAGCGCUGCGUCUUCACAGAGACCGUCUGUGUGGAGUUUGCAUGUUCUCCCCGUGUUUGCGUGGGUUUUCUCCGGGUGCUCCGGUUUCCCCCCACAUCUCCUAAAACAUGUCGGUCAGGUCAGUUGGUCGCUGCAAAUCGACCCAAAACACUUUAAGAGACUCCAAACCAUAAAGUCCAGUUUUAUUGUUGAACUGGUCAGAUUAACUGGUCAGAUUAACUGGUCAGAUUAACUGGUCAGAUGAACAUGUCUAAAGUUCUUGAUUGUGACAUUUAGAGGAGGAGAAAGACGUGCAGGAGUCGAACCGAGGACUGGAAUCGAACGCAUG